UUCUAUUUGCUAUUUUGUCUUAUUUGGCUGUGGAUAUACUCGUAUGCAGUAGAGAGCAAUUGCUGGGAUGGUCUGUUUGAUCCAGCCCUACACGAAACGAACAUUGUUCACCCCAGGCCCACCCCCAGGCCCACCCACCUCUCGUCGUGUUCCUAAAUUUUCGCGCCAAGCAGCGUGAGAACGCUAGUAACCAGACGCUUUAUAUUCCGUUUUCUUCUAUGAACGUGGUCGAGCUCGUCCACUCAAAGCAGCACCGCUUCAACUGGACAGGAUGCCGUGCCCGUCAAUGGUAGUUUGAAGAAGCAAGGCCGAGAAAUGGGUCAAUUUUCGGCUCCAUCUGACGCACCAAUCAAAUCGGAGGACGAAUCCUUGGACGCGUUGUGGCCGGAGCAACAAGAAGGCGUUCCGUUGAAACAACGUCUGAAAUUGCUUUUGGCUAGCAGUCGGACACUCAAAUCCGAAACAGAAAUUGCUGCAGUUUCCGAGCCCCCGCAUAAUAUUUAUGCUCGAAGCUACAUCAACCAUUUCUACUCACAGGAGGAGAAGGUUGGCUGUUUGAAAGUUCAGCAAAAUGAUACUGGCGAAGGAAAUGAGAGCAUGUGCCAGUUGAUUGCUGAUAAUAAUAUUAUAUCAGGAAAAGUUGAUGCAGCCAACUCACUUCAACAGAUGUCUCCAUCACACCUUGCCGUUAUAACAAAGGUUUCUGAUGCCAAUUUAUGGAAAAAAUGCAUAAAUUUUUCAUCUGGUGCUGAUAUGGAGACACCAGAGAAGAAUGAGAUUCCUAGUGACUUUUUGGAUGAUCUGGAUCUUGUUGUACUAAAAGAGCGACAAAGAAUGCUGCUAUCUAGGAGAGCACCAUCUUUCGAAAGGAAAACUAUGGAGGAUAACUCACUAGAAACUUCUAGCUUUUCUGAAGAUGACUUGAUCAAUGAAGGUACUGGAGUAAGAAAGGGAAAUGAUGAACCCCGUGAUAGGGACUUUCAGAUGGCUGGAGGUCAUUCUAAGACGUAUGAUUUGUUGAAUUUUAGAGAUCAUGGAUUGACUGAUUCCUGCCCAAACGAAUAUUCACUCAACCAAGCAACAUCACAGAGGGUUCAAGGAAAUGGUUUCUUAUGCUCUUUAAAGAAAGUUCUUUCUGAUCAAGGAAAUGAUUUAUUAUUAAAAAAAAAUCUUUCUGAGCAUGAAUCAAGUCAUGAAUUAGAUCUUCCUUCUGAUAGCCUUGGUACAGAUAUUGUUGAUGUGAAGGUCGAACCCCUAAAUAGCACCGAGUUAGAUACCAGAGGAAAACAUGCUACAGACAAUCCACUUUAUAUUCCCCCCCUUCCAAUUAAGGGAGAUGAAAUCCCUUAUGAUUCUAGCAUAGAUGAACUUGAUCACAAGUCGCUGCGAGAACGGUUGAAGUUAUUUUCAGGAAAUGUAAAUGCAAUUUGUUCAUCUGGAGGUGAUGCAAUAUCAGCUUCUUUGAUCAAAAUAGUGCCCCCUAUGAUUAAUCAUGCAAUACCGGACAGCGUGCAAGGAAAUGAUUUGUUAGGCUCUUUAAAGAAAGUUCUUUCUGAGCAUGAAUCAAGUCAUGAAUUAGAUCUUCCUUCUGAUAGCCUUUGUGCAGAUAUUGUUGAGGUGAAGGUCGAACCCUUGGAGAGCAUCGAGUUAGGUACCAGAGGAAAACAUGCUAAAGACAAUCCACUAUAUAAUUUUUCCCUUCCAGUUAAGAGAGAAGAAGUCCCUUAUGAUUGCAUAGAUGAACUCGAUCACAUGUCUCUGCGAGAACGGUUGCAUCUAUUUUCACGAAAUGCAAAUGCAAUUUGUUCAUCUGGAGGUGAUGGGAUAGCAGUUUCUUUGAUAAAAACUGUACCCCCUAUGGUUGAACCCACACCCAUUUCAUCUGCAACUGCCAAACCAAUGAAAAUUCAAAUUUCACGAAAGCGGAGAAAGACUGCCACAGAUUCAGUUGAAUUAGCAAUGGAGGAAGACGCUCCUGGACUUCUUAAGGCACUGCUUGAGAAAGGUGUAGCGGUUCAUGAAAUUAAACUUUACGGGGAACCUGAAAGCAACGAGCCUCUGGAUGAUUUGUCUACAGAAGAUAGUUUCGCUGAGCUUGAAGAGAUUAUAAUAAAGGUGUGCAAAUACGAUUUAGUAAUAAGGAUAAUUCUCUGUGACUGACUUGUAAUGGUUAGGAGAUACUCCCUCGUCCCUAAUAACUUUGCCAAGUUUGACCGGCACGGGAAUUAAUAAAGUAAAAACUGUGUGGUUGAGUUUUGUGCAGAGGAGAGAGAAUUAACUGGAACCACAAAUUCUUUACUUAAAUGGGAAAGUGGCAAAGUUAUUGAGACAUCCAAAAAUGGAAAGUUGACAAAGUUAUAAGGGACGGAGGGAGUACUACGUAAUAGAUAAUGGCUCACCUAAUUGCAGAUACUAUCAUGUUAGUUGAUGACUUAUACGUCCAAGAAAGAGAUGCAUGCUAAGUUUAAAAUAUAGAAAGAAGAGUGUGAAAGCACGAGAAUGUAGGAUGUUAAAAAUAUAUAAUAGAGUUUUGGGGUGCAAUAUUAGCAAUUUAGCACUAUUAAACACUACAUAUUUAAAAGAAGAAAUUGAGCGAAGUUCGAUGGAAAGUGAUACUACCUCCAUCCCAUUCAAAGGUUCCCGUCCACUAUUCACAUGGUCAACUUAAAUCAUUCUUAUUUUUUUUGCUUUAUAUAUCAAUUUUUUAAAUCAUAGUUACAUUUUUUUAAUCAGGCUUUGUAGCAGUUUUAAUGUAGUUUAUGUAUAUGUAAAUUUUAUUUACUAAAAAUAAUCAGUGUGAAUAGGGAUUAAGUUACUUUAUCGUCAGUCAAGCAUCGUAAACCGUAACGGGAACCUCUCUAUGGGACGGAGGAAGUAUUAGUUAGCGAUUUUUUUUCAAUUAUUUAGAAUUCAAUACAAAAAGGAUAUUAAAAUAUAGAACAACUAAAUACAAAAAUGAGUCACAUGAACAAUAUACAAUAGUUAGUAACUUAGUAACUUAGUCACAUGAAGUAUAUAAAACAACUCAAAUAUUGUGUGUUCAUGAUGAGCCUUUUGGAAAAAUUUUAUAUGGCCAUCCUCAAAGAAGCAUUGGCC